CUUGAUGGAUGGAGUGUAGCAGUGAUCAAAUCGUGUUUGAUAUAAGCCUAACAUUAGGGGUGUGAUUGAUAAUUAGAACAUCAGUAUAAUCAGGCUGUGCUGAGAAUCUGACCUUAUUCUAGCCAGUGGUAGUACGUUAGCCAACUUAUGUGAAAUCGCCAUGCUCUCGAAGUCGGUAGCUGAAUUGCAUGGAUUAAAGUUUUCAGUAAAAUGGUUUGCUGCUUCCUUGCUGUGUAGAGACUGAAAACUAGUAAUCUUUUCAACGUUACAGAGUUAGGUACUUUUUUUCCCGAAUAAACCUUAAGUUUAAUAAGUUCGUAUAAAACACAAAGGAAUAUAUUUAGUCUCUAGCAUUAUGUGUACCUUUUGGCUGACUAGGUUCAGAAAAGAUGUAAGGAAUACUUAAUAUAGGCUGGCUGCUGAUCGACCAGCCAGCGAUGGAGACGAAGAGGUCCAACCGACGGAAUGGUGCUGGGUACCCAUGUCGAAAACGUCCACCCCCAAGUAAAUGUAAGACUUGUUGUCGCAAGCUAACAACGUUUAUGUUCUCUCACGUGGGUCUAUGUGUUUUGGUGGUGGGGUACAGCAUCAUGGGAGCCUUCGCCUUCCGGGCACUAGAGGCUCCUCACGAAGAUGAGCAGGCCAGUCAGGUGACCGAGAUGAGAGAGGAUACCGUGAGACGCUUGUGGGACAUCACAAAUAAUCUGAACAUCCUCUACAAGGAUAACUGGACCCGCUUAGUAUCCGCGGAAAUUGAUAAGUUCCAAAUGGACUUGAUAGCCGCUGUGCGAGACGGAUAUGAUGGUCAAGAGAUAGGAGCUAGCCAACAGUGGUCUUUCUCCGGAGCUUUCCUAUACUCUCUGACUGUCAUCACCACCAUAGUGACGGAGAUUAAUGAUGCUAGAAGCAGUUCUACAGUCCACGUGCUAGAAUUCAGACGUCUCCCUGGAUAAUACAUGAAAUCGGUAAAAAGACGGUGUCUGCAGCUCUUCAGGCCUCGUGCAGACAGAGAAACAAGAUUUUUAGGGAUAUUUAUGUAUUCGAUUGCUUCUCUUGAGGAAGACUGCUGAUUUACUGAUAAUCGACCGACCAUUGAAUAAUUUUCAUUCUCGAAGAUCACGAUCGUUUGAGUUCCAAAGAACUGUUCCUCAAUCAAUAUUCUGCAUCGAUUCAACGGCAUGUUUUAUCGUUUCUUGGUUACGAACAGAUCUAGUCUGCUCCUAUUUAUAGUUAUCAAGGAGAUAUAGACUAAAUAGGACCCUUACUCAUGAGUCAUAAGCUAGAAAGGAGGCAAUUUAAUACACGUGGUUUGAAAAUUAUGAGGUAGUACCUAAGUGUUAUUGGGUAGUAGAAGGAAUUAUGUAAGGUUGUUACAUUGGCAGUAGGAAAUAAGCUUCACCUAGAAUUACAUACUAGACUAGAUAAUAACGUAUUCGAAGCACAUUAGGCCUAGCUCCGCAGAGAAGAGUAAGCUAAAAAUCUUAACACCUUUAUGACGUCACCUUGAUUCGACGCUCUUUCCACGUUCUAGUAUCUAAAACGGAAAUAAACAGUUUGAACACUAAGAUGCGAAUUUAAAUUGACACACCGAAAAUGAUACAAUAUGGAAGACAGGCUGCAACAGGAUUCCACAGACUUCUUUUAUUUUAUUGUUCCUUUAUGUAUUUGAACACUAAGAUGUGAAUUUAAAUUGAUACACCGAAAAUGAUACAAUAUGGAAGACAGGCUGUAACAGGAUUCCACAGACUUCUUUUAUUUUAUUGUUUGUUUAUGUAUUUUCAAUUGAAAACUUCAAAUAUGUUUUACAAGUUUCGACUUUAAGAAUUUAUAUACAGAUUAAA